AUGGGAGAAGUAUUGAUAGCUGAGCAGACAGAGUUGCCUCCUCUUGAUGAGCAGAACAUACAAGCCCUGCUGAAUGAGUCAGCUAGAAUGGACACUCUCCAUCAUGUUGACACAUCACUUCAGCCUGAUGUUGCUAUUCCUGUGGGAGAGAGCUCUGUAAAGGCAUCAGAAGCAUUUAUCAGUCUCUCUCCUCAAAAGACAACCAAGGAUGCAAAAGAACUUGAAGAACAGAUUAUGUCACCCAAAGAAAAGACCCCCCGAGUACUGACAGAGGAACCCCUCCCAGAGGCCCCACCAGCUGUCCGUGAACUUCGACCUAGGUCACAGCCAGAGGUCACCCUAAUGCCCCCACCUGAGGAGGAACCUCAUAGGAGUACAAGAAAA